UGGCCAUGGAGAUUGAUGGCAUUUCAGAGACUUGGUUUUACAAGUUCAGACAUUCUAGCUUGUAUCAAGGAAACAAAUGUGAUUGGAAUGGGAGGUACCGGCGUUGUUUACAAGGCCGAGGUACCGCAUUCUAACACAGUUGUGGCAGUGAAAAAGUUGUGGAGAUCAGGAAAUGAUGUUGAAGUAGGAGGAGGAGGAGGCGGUGAUGAACUUGUUGGAGAGGUGAACCUGUUAGGAAGAUUAAGGCAUAGAAACAUUGUUAGAUUAUUAGGAUUUCUUUAUAAUGACACUGAUUUGAUGAUAGUUUAUGAAUUUAUGCCUAAUGGAAACCUUGGAGAUGCCUUGCAUUGUAAGCAAACAGUUAGACAGCUUGUGGAUUGGGUUUCGAGAUACAAUAUAGCUUUAGGAGUUGCUCAAGGACUUGCUUAUCUUCACCAUGACUGUUAUCCGCCGGUUAUUCAUCGCGACAUUAAGUCAAAUAAUAUACUUCUUGAUGCAAAUCUUGAGGCAAGGAUAGCAGAUUUUGGAUUGGCCAAGAUGAUGGUCCGUAAGAACGAAACCGUCUCCAUGGUUGCCGGUUCCUAUGGCUACAUUGCUCCUGAAUAUGGCUAUGCAUUGAAGGUGGAUGAAAAGAUUGAUGUAUACAGUUACGGAGUAGUUUUAUUCGAGCUUCUGACAGGAAAGAGGCCGCUUGAUGAAGAAUUUGGAGAAAGUGUAGACAUUGUAGAAUGGAUUAGAAGGAAGAUUAGAGAUAACAAAUCUCUAGAAGAAGCAUUAGAUCAAAGCGUAGGAAACAGCAGACAUGUUAUAGAAGAGAUGCUUUUAGUUUUAAGAAUAGCAGUUAUUUGCACUGCUAAGCUUCCUAAGGAAAGACCAAGUAUGAGAGAUGUGAUAAUGAUGCUUGGAGAGGCAAAGCCUAGAAGAAAAAUCAGUGGCAACAAUGAAACAUCUUUAGCAGCUAACAACAUUAAUAACAAGGAGAUGUCAGUUUUUAGCACAUCACCAGUUAGUGGCCUUCUUUAGGAACAAGAUUUGAGUUUCACCAACCAAUCGUUAGUUGGUCCAGUGAUGAUUGGAUCUGGUAGGAAGGACCACGGUUCGAUCUCCCGCAACUGCGAUCGAGAGGGAGCUGAAACCACUUGAUGCCAGAACUGACUCUGGACCAUAUUAGGCGGUUCAGUAGACCCGAUAUCGGUGGUGAAAACUAAAAAAGAUUUGAGUUUCACCUAUGUAAUUUUGUAAUCAGUGAUGCAAUAUUUAAUUGUCUU